GCCCUUGAUAUCAACAUCUUCAAAUACCAACUCAGGCCGUCGCCUGUUUUCUACCAUCCCCUUUCUUCUCUUCGUCCUCAGUCGCUCUUUUAUGCUUCUUUCCCGACAUCUUCUUGUGUUGGCCGUAUGAGCCGACUUCUUUCAUUUUCUUCUUUCAUUCGUUCGUCUCUGAACAACUUCACCCUCCUUUGCCACCCUUUGCGAGGUCAUCUCUCGUCAACAUGGGCUGGCAAUCGAGCCCUGGCCGCCUUGUCGUAGCCGCGGCCGGCCUUUUCGGCUUUGUCAACGGACAGGCUUACUUCGGAACCUAUCAGGAUACCAUAACCAAAUGUGGUAGCGAUAAUUUUAUCUAUCUUGGCUGUUACGGCAACUUCCUCGCUAAUGCUGGCGACUUCUUUCGCUUCGGUCCGGAGGGCUACAAUGCCGCUGACCUCUCCUUGAGUUUCCCCGGAUGGGACCCCGGUUCCGAUUGGGACUCUACGCAGACUCCUCUUGACUGUGCUCGCACCUGCAGAGCUUACGGUUACAAGUAUUCGGCCAUGAGGGACAAUAACUGUAACUGCGGCCUGCAGCUCCCGGCUGCUGCUGUCCCGAACUCGGACUCUUCGGCUUGCAAUGCUCAGUGCAGUGGUGAUAGUACUCAGACCUGCGGCGGUGGCCUUAACGCCCAGGUAUACCUUGAUCCCUCCUUUGCCGCACCGGACCAGGUGCCCAUCACGCCUCGUAAUGCGGAUUUGGGUUCUACCUACAAGCAUCUGGGCUGUUAUUCCUCUCGCGGAUUUGCCACACAAGACGACGUUAGGGCCAGGCCACUCGUUGAUGACAUCGAGACUUGUUUCGAAACCUGUGCCGGUUUGGGUUAUCCUCUUGUCUUUGGUGCCAGGGAAGGUGCACAAAUCCGAUGCCAGUGCGGUACAAACUUUCACUCCGGCGACUAUCGCAUUCCUCCAUCGAGUCUUCCAAACCCUGGAGACUGCAACGCUCUGUGUACAGCCGAUGACACGAACGGAGACUGUGACCCCUUGACCCAAAAGUGCUGUGGAAGGAAUGAGCACUAUCCCGUUUACGUCAGUUCUGAACUACAGGGAUGCUAUGUCCCGAGGACACCGGGGCUCAAGCAGUCAGCCGACCAGGCAGGUUUCGCCUGCUACAACCCACCGUCCAGUCUCUUGGGCCCUCCCAAGGUUCUUACUACCUCGCUAUCGAGCGUGAACCAGGAUAACAUCAUCGCCUCGAGGCCAGCACUCGUCCGCCCCUUGACCGUUACCACGGGUACACAAACUUGGUACUUGAACGGGUGCUACGGCAAUGUUCCUGCACAGGUUCUCGACCUCUCUGCACCGUCUGGCCAGAUUAUUUCGGAUCUUGCCACUGGUACACUCGAGGAGUGUGCGCGCAGAUGCAGUUCGGACACUACCUUCAACUACUUUGGCAUGGUCAACGGCAGGGACUGUUACUGCUCAAACACUCUUCUGACUCCUGGUCAAGUCGAUGAUAUGGGAACUUGCCGAGUCCCUUGCCAAGACGAUGCCACGAGAAGUUGCGGCGGUGCAACUACACCGGUCGUCUAUUCUCUGAGCCAGAGCGGCGUGUACACAGAACGCCUGGCGAACAUCGGUGCCGGUUUUCCGACAUACACUUGUACACCCAGCCGACGUGUCUCAAAUGAUGCGGCAGCUCCAAUCACUUGCCCGGAUGACAAUGGAAUUUCUAUUACCACUGCUCAAGACAAAAUGUACCAUGUCGAUUGUGGUAUCGAAUAUCCCGAUGGUGACCUAGGCACAGUUAUUGUUGACAGCUACGCUGAAUGUGCUGCGGCUUGCGAUGCCAAUAUCGACUGUGUUGGGUUUAUCUAUCAGCAUGGCCCUGCCAAUAGCAACGGCCUUGACGUACCGUGCUACCUCAAGCGCGAAGGAGCAGUAACUGCUGCUGUUUCAGGCGACACGGGUAACUGGGGCGGGAGAUUUACUGGUUUCGCAGAUGGCGCCAGUAGCGGUUCAGACUCUGGCACUGGCAGCGGUUCAGACUCCGGCAGUGGUACAGACCCUGAUAGCGGUUCGGGCUCCGGCACUGGCACAGACCCUGAUAGCGGUUCGGGCUCCGGCACUGGCACAGACCCUGAUAGCGGUUCGGGCUCCGGCACUGGCACAGACCCUGAUAGCGGUUCGGGCUCCGGCACUGGCACAGACCCUGAUAGCGGUUCGGGUACCGGCACUGGCACAGACCCUGAUAGCGGUUCGGGCUCCGGCACUGGCACAGACCCUGAUAGCGGUUCGGGUACCGGCACUGGCACAGACCCUGAUAGCGGUUCGGGCUCCGGCAGUGGUACAGACCCUGAUAGCGGUUCGGGCUCCGGUGACGGUUCUGAUCCCGGCACUGGCAGCGGUUCAGGUUCCGGCAAUGGUUCAGGCUCCGGCACUGGCAACGGUUCCGUUGUGAACGCUAUUUUUGACAAGGUCUUUGGUCCAGCCUUCCAAGGAGUCUUCAGCUCCUUCGGUAAGAUUUUCGACAACAACCCAUUCUUCAAGCCCAAGAAGCCAGCUGGCUCCACUCGUGCUGUCUCUACAGGCAACGAUGAUGUCCAGGAUCUCGAGACCCUUGCCAGCGAUCCCUCGGACAGCACCGCCACCCGUUCAGAUGCCUUCAUCGGUGAUGUGCUCAGCAAUCUUAACCUCGGCAGCUUGAUGAGCGCUGUCCCGGGUCUUGAAGAUGUUCUCGGUGGACAGGAUCUCGGUAGCUUGAUUCCUGGAAACAUUCGUGCCCCCGAUCCGGCCACACCUCCAAUGUCCGCCAACUUGGAUGGGCUGGCUAGCCUAGCCAGCACUGUUCUUGCAGCGCUCAACACGCUCCCCAGCGACAUCGCCGCCCCUGGUCCUGUUGACACCGACUCGCUGAUUACUCUUGCGAGCGCUAUUACUGAUGCGCUUACCACCGCUGCUGAUGGAUCCGGUCCUGGUGUGAUCAAUGGCAAGGACUUUGCUGGCAUCCUCAACUCCGUUUUCGACUCGAUCAACGGCAUUGGAAGCAUAUUCCCCAAGAAGAGUACUAGCAGUAGUGCCCAGCCAAGCAUGACUGUUGCACCUACUCAAAGCCUUCGAGCGAGGGACGUUGCCCACAUUGGCCCCCACCCAACCGGAGUGCUUCCUCCUGGAAACGGCCCUGCGGAGGUGUGUGAUAUUGCGACCCUUGCCCUUCCGGCUAACAUCUUCGCGCCUACUCCGCCCCCGGAUGCCGGCCGCUGCAUCCCCAUCAUCGGCUACUGGUAUGUUGGCGAGACCACUUUGCUCCCUUGCUCCGAAGGCUAUGGUGCCGGCGGCCCUCAGGAGACUGGUUCCCCUCAAGCACCCGGCUUCUCUGGCGGCCCCGGUGGUCACCCUCCCCCUCCUCCCCCCGCGGGUCCGCCGCCCGCCGUUGUGAUUCCUGUUGCAGGCUCCAUUGUUCUUACCCAGGAGCAAUUGGACCAUCUUCUCGAAUCUACCAAUAUUGAGCUCGAGUGGACCAGCGAAGGUGAGCGUGUGCUCAACAUUCCUGGAAUUCUUGACAUGAGUGACAGCCACAGCGACACCUUCAGGCUCCUGCUUGACCAAAGUUCCGACUCACUUUCCCACAGCACCAAUCAGUUUGAGAUUCCCAUCUCGGGAGAGGUAGGCCUUACGCAGUCACAGCUUGACAGCCUCCUCCAGGACUCGACCCUCGAUAUCUUCUGGAACAGCCAAGGAGCUAAAGAAUUGAACAUUCCAGGCGUGAUCAACUACAGCUCUUCGAGGAAUGACACUUUUAGCCUCCGCAUCAGCUCAAGCAAUCACCAUACCACGUCCACUGCCAGUAUCCCUGGUCCCACGGAGAGUUCCACUCCUCCAGCUGCUGGCGGGGAAACCCCGGAUGGCUCUGGUGCUGACGAGGAUGGCGGCUACGAUGACGUUGAAGCGGAACUUGCCGCUCUCGAUGCUCUGAUCGCUUCGUUCGGUGACAUCGAUUUUGACGUUGGCGACCUUGACAUCCCCGAUAUUGACGUGGAGGGUCUCGAUUUCCCCACGGUUCCGUCCAUUGACACGGAUGAUCUCGACGUCGAUGUUGAUGAUGUGGAUGUUUCGAGGGUUGAAGCUCCUGAGUCACCCGAAGUACCUGAUGUCGAUGCCAUACCAGCACCGACCAUUGAUGUUGAUGGUGAAGUUCAAGUGGGUCUGGAUGAUGAAUCUGGGGUUCCUGUCGUCGACCCAGUUGAUGAGGCUACUUGACUUCUCAACGGAGCUUAAUACUGUCUUCGCAUGUCUUUGGGGAUGGAUAUGGAAUUGGUGUCGAUGCUACGGAAAGGCUGGAGAUGGAAUGGAGAUGGUGGACUUUGGACAGUUUACGAGUUUGUUAUUCUUCGACCAUGGAGCUAUUUUUUGUGUCAUUGCUACGAGUUAAGUCGAUGAUUGCUCGAGCAUGUAGUAAUUAAUAUGGAUGAAAUCAAAUUGACUUUUU